UGUAGCUAACCACUCCAAAUGCAUGCUUUGGGGAGGAUGUCAGCUUUGUGGGUUCUGAUCUCCGUCAAUAUCAUGGUGUCUGCUUCAACAAAUAGUUCACUUACAGACAGACAACAGAGAAGUUUCAUACCUCCUGCAGCAGCUAACACUUCCCUGUCUGUACGUGUGGGUACAAAGGCUGUGCUCUCUUGCCCUCCCGUCACCUCGACAGCUGUGCAGGUAACCACCUGGGAAAUAACCCUCAGAGACCAGCCUGCCUGCACUAGAGCCUACAGGAGAGAUACGAACGAGACCAGGGCCAAAAACUGUAGUGACGAGACAAUAUCCUGGGACACCAGACAUGAUCAGAACCCUGUCCUUCAGAUUGAUCCAGUGGCCAUCACCCAUGAUGGAUAUUACAGGUGUGAAGUGGCCACACCUGAAGGGAAUUUCUAUCAAGGAUAUCACCUGCAAGUGACAGGUAAGGAGCAUCAUGUAUGGUGGUGUUUCGGAUAA